AUGGCUCAGAAAAUGGCUAAAAAUGCCUUACAACGUUUUAGUCGUUCAAAAGUUGAUUGGAAUAAAUUAUUUGAAAUAAGUGGACAAAAUACAACGACUGUCUCUGCUUUACAGUCAAAAACAUUUCAGUACUCUUCAAAAAUGAAUUCUCUUCCCGAGGCAAUACCUAAAAUUGAUUUUAAUUAUUAUAAAAAAUUAGUGCCCGAUCCGUCAUUCGUCGACAAAUUACAAAAAGAGUAUGAAAAUGCACAAGUACCCUAUCCGCAAGAUCUUGCAAAUCGUGCACAAGAAUUAGAAGAGUUUGGAAAAAGUGAAAGAGCUCGUGCACAAGAGUAUAUAAAAGUCGCCGAAUCUAAACUCGAAGAAUUAAAAAAGACUUUUGCACGUUGUGACGAUAUUCCUCAUCCAGAUGAAGUGCCAAACGAACUGUUAUUUUUCUACAUACCAGACAUGAUGUUUCCAAAAGUGUGGGAAAAAGGAAGAGAUAGAGAUUCACUGGACGAUUUCUCUGUUCCUCCUUUUAACAAAGAAGAUUCGAUGCGUUGGUGGUUUGAACAAGGCGGUGAAAUGAAAAUUCAUUCUCGUAGUUAUCAUCUACCCGAUGAAGCAGUAACUCCUAUUGAUAUAGGACCAACAAGUCAUUAUCCAACUGUUGAAGAUGUUCUCGGAUCUGGACAAGGUGGUCAACGACAGCCUCAACAACUUAGUUCAUCACAACAAGAUAAUAAACAAAAACAAGUUAAAUCACAACAUUAG